CAGGCUGAGUAACCGGGGGGGAAAGAGAGAGAGGAGAGAGAUUGAAGAGAGAGGGGGCUGAGGGGCUUUUUUCUUCUUCCCUCCGUUUCCAGCCCUUUACUGGCAGAUCCUGCCGUCCGUUUACUUCUUUUUUGCUUCGUUUUUGUUUCUUUUUGAAGGAGAGUGGUCUUGUUCCACCACCUCCAGAGCAGGGAAGAGUUUCUUGCUCAGAAGCCUGAAUACAAUGAAUUCUGACUCCAGCUCUGUCUCCAGCAGAGCUUCCUCGCCAGACAUGGAUGAGAUGUAUCUGAGAGACCACCACCACCACCACCACCAUCACCACCACCAAGACAGCCGGCUCAACUCUGUCUCCUCCACCCAGAACGACCUGGUGCAGAAGAUGUCCGGAGAAGGCCUCACCAGGAACGGCUCCAAGGCCGGAGGGGAAGGCAGCAAGUACAAAAUCAAGAAGCAGCUUUCGGAGCAGGACCUGCAGCAGCUGCGGCUGAAGAUCAACGGUCGGGAGCGUAAGAGGAUGCAUGACCUCAACCUCGCCAUGGACGGACUGCGGGAGGUGAUGCCCUACGCCCACGGACCUUCCGUGAGAAAACUCUCCAAAAUCGCCACCUUACUGCUAGCCAGAAACUAUAUCCUGAUGCUCACCAGCUCCCUGGAGGAGAUGAAGAGGUUGGUCGGGGAAAUCUACGGGGGGCACCACUCGGCCUUUCACUGCGGCACGGUGGGACACUCCACCGGGCACCCUCCCCACGCCGCCGGCACUGUGCACCAGGUGCACCCCAUCCUCGGCAGUGCCUUGUCCUCCGCCAACACCUCCUCUUCCCUCUCCGCCUCCCUGCCGGCCAUCGGCACCAUCCGGCCCCCACACUCCCUGCUCAAGACCCCCUCGACACCCCCCGCCCUGCAGCUCGGCAGCGGCUUCCAGCACUGGGCGGGUUUGCCGUGCCCCUGCACCAUCUGCCAGAUGCCUCCCCCGCCCCACCUCUCGGCCCUCACCGCGUCCAACAUGGCCAGGAUCUCGGGGGAGACCAAGGACCUCCUGAAGUGA